UGGAAAUUCAAUGAUUUAUAAUCGUAAAAGAAAUUUAUUCGCCAGUGAAAGAAUCCAUUAACGAAAGAACAAUAAGUGCAAUAUGCAGUAUGCAGUACAAUGCCAAACGACGAAUCGAUAAAUUACAAUUUGAUCUCAGAAGAAGAGAUUACCGAUGAAAGAAUCAUCGAAUUAACUAUAAUUACUAUAGAAAAUAUUAUAAGAAACGAAGAUACAAAUGUGAUCAUAUCUGUGGAACAUAAUUCAAAUAUAUUGGGAGAAAGUAAUCCGAUCAAAAUCGAAGCUGGUAUCAAAGAACCACCACCUGUAUAUGAUGUUAAUUUUUCUAUUCAAAUUCCAGUAUUUAUUUCCGAUCGAAAUGCCAUUGAUCGUCUAGUUUCCACUCCAUUUUUAAGUAAAAUUUUUUGCGUUCGUUCUUGCUUUUCGAUUAUUAUGUUAAAUAUAUUUUUUUCUUUUCCUUUCUUUUUUGUUUUUCAAUUUAUAGUUACAGUAUCAAGCGUCAACAAAGACGAAAAUGUUACGCCUACUGUUGUGGAUACUGCGAGGACAAAAAAAUCGCGAAUUCCUUCUAAAAAGGAUUUUAAAUUAAAAAUUAUUGGAUUGUGCAAUGUCGACCUCAUGCCAAUUUUAUUAGGAGAGGAUUUAUUUAUGGAAAAAUUAAUUUUAGAAACAGCACAAUUUACAUUCGAUGGUAAUGCUGUGUCGUGGCCUAAUCUUCCAUGUUUAACGAUCAAAAUUAAACAAGAGCAAAAACCAUUUUUUCCUUCUGAUUUAGAAUUUAAUUUUCUAAACAUUACCAUAGAAAGUAUUUUUAAUCCAUUAUCUUCGUUCACUGAUAAUAUGGAUUACAAAGCUGGUACUAUUCUUUAUGGUGAACAAGAAGAUCCAGAAGCGAUAAUACACGGUGAUGGCAAAUUGAUUCAUGAUCGAGAUAUAGAAAAAAGUAAAUGUUGGAAAUCUUUGUCACAUUUAACAAGUCGCGCUAGAUUGUCGAAAUACAAACUAGCUUGUAAUUACAACGAUGUAAAGAACACACUUGCAGAGGAAUUAAAAUUGCAGAAUAUAGUGGAAAAAGAUGUACCGAGAAUACAGUGGAACACUAUGAGUCGUCACAUACUACAAAACGAUGACAUUAAAAAAUUGCAACGUCAAAUUUUCAAGUUAGAAUCAAUGUAUUGUUUAAGUACAAGAUAAUAAUUAAUAAUAUAUAUAUAUUUAUAUAGAUAUAAAUAUUGGCCAUUUCAAUUUAUGGUAACAGAAACGCAAAAUAAUAAAGUCAAAGUAAAAUUUGGAGAAAUGUCUAAGGUUUAUCAAUGUUACGUUGAUUUAAGCGAACUGUUAUUUCCUGGACAAAGAAAAACUCGAAUUGCAUCGCAAUUACAUACCUUUAAUGCAACUGAUCUUAUGGAAAAUACAGGAUUUGAGAAAAAUAUUUUUUUAAUAGAUACUGAAAUGAAAGAACCCAAAGAAAAAGAUAAACGUGGGAAAGCUUCGACGAAAAAUACAUCGGUAAUAACAGAAAUAGAAAUACUUGCGAGUGAACCAGUAGUCACAGAAAACAAUGAACCAGUAUUUGUAAUAAUCGAGAUCGAAAUUUAUCGUCCACUUGUUGCUUGUCGACUAGCUAAAGAUUUUUCUAAUUUGAUCCAUCAAUUGACAACACCAACAGAUAAAAAACCAUAUUAUCCAUAUUCCGCAGAUUUGACAAAGGAUCAAUAUACGAAAUGCAUCGAAACGUUAAUGAGAACUAUGACAGAAAGUUAUAGAGACGAAUUAACAUGUUUCAUUCAGUACUUGUACAAAACCGGGGCUUAUUUGUCUAUGUAUAAUGCAUUAAAGACAAAGGUUAUUUUACUUUUAGAUCACAAAUUUAAAUUACCAUCGUAUACUUUAAAUUUCUACGAAGAACAGGUAUCAAUAUUAAUUUUUUUCAAAAUCCAUGCUUAUAAUAGAUUUAAGAUCGAACGAUAUACAAUAGUGAACGCGUAUACUUAUUUGGUCGAACUUAUGCACACGAUCGUUAACAAAACUAUUGAAGUAAAUUUCUGGAGUGAUUCAAGGUCGAUCGUUUCUGAUUUAAAGAGAUUUUAUUUCUAUGCCGAUGAAGCUUAUGAAUUAGGUUACAUCGAAGAAGCAAGGAAAUAUUAUACUACCAUUAUCGAUAAAGAAAAAAAUGACCCUACUACGUGGACCAAUUACGCAGUAUUUUUAUUAACGAUAGGGGAUAUAGAACGUGCUGAGGAAUGUUGUCAAGAAGCGAUUAUUUUAAAUAAUCGUCACAAAAUCGCGUUAUUAGUCUACGCGGCAAUUUUAAUGGAAAAAAGACUCUUUCGAGAAGCUGAAAUUUUUUUCCGAAGUAUUACCGAUUUUUAUCCACUAUUUGCCGAAGGAUGGACGAUCUUGCAUUUAUUUUAUAUUCGUAUCGAAUAUUAUCCAGGAAUAGACAUUGCGAUUCGGAUAGCCAAGGAAUGCAUGGAAGACAAGAAUCGAGAUACAGAGAUCGAUGAUCGAGAACCUCUUGCGUGGUCGAUGAUCCAUUGUCCACAAGAUAAUAUAUACAUGAUAACAACAACGUUGUUACUUAAAUUUCAUCUUUACGACCUGGCUGGUAUAGCAUUGGCACAAGAAAUGUCACUGACAGGUAGAUCAACGUAUUUAUUAUAUUAUAUGGCAGUGCAACAUUAUCUCUUACACAGACACGACGAUGCUUUAUCUCAUUUGAAGGAAGCCCGAUGUCAAUACGGAAUGGAUUACUCGAUAGGUUGUUUGAUGGGACAUUGUUAUUUCCAAGAAGGUGAUUUCCAAGAAGCCAUAAAAUGUUAUGAAUUUGCUAAUAUGCUCUUUAACAGACCAGAUAAUAUUUAUCUUUUGCAAUUAAGGGUAGGACUAUGUUACGAAAAUAAAAAGGAAUACGAAAAGGCAAAGAAAGUAUUUUUAAACGCCUGCCAGACUUCACCGACGAGUCAAAGCUGGCUUCAUGUUGGAAUUUCAUUUUAUGAACUGAAUCAAUUAAAGGAAGCUGAAGUAGCUUUGAUAGAAGCGAACAAGAUCGAUAAUUGCAAUGUAGAUGUUUGGGGAUACUUGUGCUUAUUGAAUCUUUCUCUUAACCGAUACGAAGAAUUUGCUCAAUGUUACAGACAGGCUAUCAAGUAUAAUCUCAAAAAUGAAAAAUUAUUGAAUGCGAUAAAAGAAUCCAUGGAACGAUUGAAUUAUGAAGUAGAAAUUUUACAAGUCACGUGAAAUGGUGUAAAGUGUGAAAUGGUAAAGUUUAGGAACAAAGAGAUCGUUAGUAUGUCUUC